ACAUUUCGAGUACAAACACUUCGGGUACAAACACUUUGAGGACAGACAUUUCGAGUACAAACACUUCGAGUACAAACACUUUGAGGACAGAUGUUUCGAGUAAAAGAACUUUGAGGAAAGACACUUUGAAAACAGUAACAUAUCCCAGGAAUAUCAUAUUUGGACCUCAUCCGGAAUAUUUUGAAGAUAUACGAGUGAAAGAACACUUUGAGCAUCUGCUUAAUUCACAUGAAAAAAACAUAAUUAAUAUACGUGUAUAUAAAGGGUUAGAUUAUCAAAACAUUUGCGUCACCCAUUCUGAAGAACUGAUCUUCUCCCAAAUAAAACACAUGUAUGACCUUGCUGGAAUUAAAAUAGGCCAACAUUUGAACAAUGAAGUGAUGGAAAAUCUUUUACAACAACUUGGACCCCGUUUAUAUAAUUCAAGUGAUUAUGAGUAUAGCGUAGAAUGGACACAAGAUCAUUUUCAUCAAAAUGUGCACAUGAAAAUCUCAGAAACGUUCCUUGGGAAACAAACAUAUGGAGGUAGCAGCUUUAGAAUUCAUGUACAGGGUGUUCACAGUUUUUUGUGUAAUGUCAAGGAUAAUUUCAAUCGGACAUAUUAUGUCUGUUGUCCCUAUGUGCCACCCUGUAGUAACAUUACUAUCACACUCAUGUAUAUGAAUUAUAGAGCGUUCCUCGAUAAUAUACCAAACGUUAAACCAUUUUCUCUGAUCCUUGCUCGAAUUCAUAAUUGUGAUCUACAUAGCAGGGAUCAAAAGUCGCAUGAGCAAUUUGAAAAGAACAUGAUAGAAAAAGUCCAUUGUAACAGAGAUCCAAAAUUCAUUUCUAAAUAUGGGAGGUGGAUAUCAAAAGAAGGGAUUCAAAGAUGGGGAUUGCACUCAGAAUGUUUGACAAAAGCACUGAAGGCCAAAGAACUCAAAAAUUGUUUUAAAAAGCUGAAGAAAAUUGAUGCGUAUGGUGACUCACAUCUUCGUUAUACAAUGGCUUACUUUGGAUCAUUUUUUAAAAAUGAUUUCAAAGUUCAAGAUGGUGGAAAAUGGGGGUUUGAUCAUUUUAACUUUAACUGGUGCCCUGGUUCACCUGCAGUUUGGAAAUCAUUAAGUAAAGAUUUCAACCUAACAGUUCAAAAUACAAAACCAUUACGGUCCAAACCUAAGGAUAAACAAAAUGGUGUGAUUCUAAUCAACAACGGAUCAUGGGAUUUCAUGCAAGGGUCGUUUUCAGAAUAUCUUCAUAAUAUUCAAUCGUUGCUUGUGCCUCUUAUCAGGAAAUAUCGCCAAAAUUCAGCAUGGAACACUACACGUAUCAUCUGGCUUAGCAAUAUCGCAUUCCCUCAUGAAUACAGGUUUAUUUUCGACCAUGGGGGUCACCAUAAAAGAAAUGACUUUAGGGCUGCUGGAGCUAAUGCUUUAAUUGAAUCCCUUAUUUUGGACUUAGGAGUGGACUUUAUAAACCAGCUGGUUCCAACAAGUAUUAGAUCCAGUGAUAAUGUAUGUAGUGCACAUUAUAUCUGCCAACGAGAUGUUAGUGGACCAGAAAAGGCAAGGGGAGAUGUGGGGAUAGCUGUUGCUAAUAUGCUAUUUGAUGAUAUGUGUACAUAGUAGAGUGAGCACAUUUGCACUCAACCAGAGAUGGCUGAGUGCAAAUUCCAUUCAUCUUUAGGAAUAGGGUUGCAAACUAAAAAUUGGUACCCAUGAACACUAGAGCUCUCAAAUUGGAAGGAGCAAGUGUUUCCUUAUAAGGUAAAUAGUCUGG